AUGUCAAACGAGGGACAAGAAAACCAGGAAAAUAAUAAAGAAGUCAAAAAGGAAGAUGUUAGUUAUCAAAAUACUGAUGAAGUCAUAAAAGAUAAAGAUAAAGUUGAUUUUACAAAGGGUGGUGUUGAAAAUUUCAAAUUUUAUCCUGAUAACCCAGUUAACCAUCGUCACAAAUACAGAUGGAGUAUGAAGGAACCUUCUAAGUAUUACGAUCCAUGCGAAGAAAGUAGACAAGCUUCAAUUAAUUGUAUGUUAAGAAAUCAAGAAGACAAGACAGUAUGUCAAGACUUUUUUGACGCUUAUAAAGAAUGCAAGAAAGACUUUUUCAACAAAAAGAAGAAAGAUAGAAGAGAAGGUAAAGGAGGAUGGGGAUUUUGGUGA